GAACUUCUGUCUCUAAAAAAAACUUAGCUGGGCGCGGUGCGCCGCCUGUAGUCUCAUCUACUCCGGAGGCUGAGGCGGGAGAAUCGCUUGAACCCGGCGGGGGCGGAGGUUUCAGUGAGCCGAAAUCGCGCCGCUGCACUUAAGCCUGGGGACAGAGAUCCUGUUUGCUGUGUAAUCCUGAGAAUGGACUGCAAGAGAGGAAAAACUGGGCAUCUGCUUGGGAAUCUAUUGUGGAAACCCAGGGUGUUUCCAGACCAGUCCCUGGGCACCAACUAGAGUAUGGACUGACCAGGUACCUGGAUGGAGACCUAAGCUGGAGAAGGAGAUGCGCUUGGGAGGAAAUUGCAGAGGCCGUCAACAUGGAAAAGCAGCCCCAGAACAGCAGGAGAGGGCUUGUCCCCCGAGAGGUGCCGCCAGCUGUUGGGCUGCUGCUGAUCAUGGCCCUGAUGAAUACUCUGCUCUACCUCUGCCUCGACCGCUUUUUCAUUGCUCCUCAACAAUCCAUUGUGGACCCCAGACACUGUCCCUAUGGUCACUUCAGGAUAGGACAGAUGAAAAACUGCUCACCUUGGCUGUCCUGCGAGGAGCUGAGAACAGAAGUGAGACAGCUGAAGCUUGUUGGGGAAGGAGCUGUGAAGAGAGUCUUUCUGUCUGAGUGGAAGGAGCACAAAGUUGCUCUCUCACGGCUCACCAGCCUGGAGAUGAGAGAUGAUUUCCUCCAUGGACUGCAGAUGCUGAAAUCUCUACAAGGCACACAUGUUGUCACGCUGCUUGGCUAUUGUGAGGUUGACAACACUAUUCUUACUGAAUAUCACCCUCUGGGUUCCUUGAGUAACCUGGAAGAAACACUAAACCUUUCAAAGUACCAAAAUGUGAACACGUGGCAGCACAGGCUGGAGCUGGCCAUGGACUAUGUCAGCAUCAUUAAUUACCUGCACCACAGCCCCGUGGGCACUCGGGUCAUGUGUGACUCCAAUGACCUGCUGAAGACACUGUCCCAGUAUCUGCUAACAAACAACUUCAGCAUUUUGGCAAACGACUUGGACGCCUUACCCCUGGUAAACCACAGCUCCGGGAUGCUGGUGAAGUGCGGCCACAGGGAGCUGCAUGGGGAUUUCGUGGCUCCAGAGCAACUGUGGCCCUAUGGAGAGGACAUGCCUUUCUGCGAUGAUCUCAUGCCCUCAUAUGAUGAGAAGAUUGACAUUUGGAAGAUCCCAGACAUCUCCAGUUUCCUUCUGGGGCACAUUGAAGGGAGUGAUAUGGUCCGAUUCCAUUUGUUUGAUAUUCACAAAGCAUGCAAGAGCCAGACUCCCUCAGAAAGACCCACUGCCCAGGAUGUUCUGGAGACCUACCGGAAAGUCUUGGAUACACUUAGAGAUGCCGUGAUGUCUCAGGCAAGAGAGAUGCUGUGAAAACCAGUCCAGCCAAUGAAGGUGGGAUUGAAGGGCUGAAUGGAAGUUACAGCAUUCUACUCUGAUGGUGGAGUUUUUUGCCCCAGUUUCGUGUUUUAUUGUUUUUUUUUUUUAUGGCUUAGCCAUGUGGUUCGUUGUCCACAUCCACAUGUAUGUUUGCAUGUAUUCCACAUUGGUGGUUAGAUUUUUUUUUUUUUUUGAGAUGGGGUCUUGCUCUGUUGCCGAGGCUGGAGUGCAGUGAUGUGAUCUUGGCUCACUGCAGCCUCUGUCUCCCAGGUUCAAGCAGUUCUCCCACCUCAGCCUCCUGAGUAGCUGGGAUUACAGGCACACCACCACGCCUGGCUAAUUUUUGUAUUUUUAGUGGAGGUGGGGUUUCACCAUGCUGGCCAGGCUGGUCCCGAACUCCUGACUUCCUCGGCCUCCCAAAGUGUUGGGAUUACAGGCGUGGGCCACUACGCCUGGCCAGUUGUUAGAUUUCUAUGGAUUUGUAGUUUCCAAAGUUUCUCGUUACUGAUUUCUACUUUUCUUCCAUUGUGGUCUGAGAAGGUAUUUGAUAUGAUUUAGAUUUCCAAAAAUUUAUUGAGACUUGUUUUGUGGUCUAACAUAUGGUCUGUGCUGGAGAAUGGUCCAUGUGCUGAUGAGAAGAAUGUAUAUUCUGCAGCUGUUGGAAGAAAGGGUCUGUAAAUGUCUGUUAGGUCCAUUUGGUCUGUAAUGCAGAUUAAGUCUGAUGUUUCUGUCUAGAUGAUCUGCCCAGUACUGAAAGUGAGGCAUUAAAAUCCCCUGCUUUUUUUUGUAUUAGGAUCUGCCUCUCUAUUUAGCUCUAAUAGUGUUUGUUUAUACAUGUGAGUGCUUUGGUAUUGGGUGCAUAUAUAUUUAAAAUUGUUACAUCCUUUUGCUGAAUUGAUCCCUUCAUCAUUAUGUAAUGAUCUUCUUUGUUCCUUUUUAUGUUUUCUGACUUAGUCUAUUAUGUGUAAGUAUAGCUACUCCUGCACAUUUUUGGUUUCAAUUUGCAUGGAAUAUUUUUUUCCAUCUGUUCACUUUCAGUCUAUAUGUCUUUUUACAUGUGAAGUGAGUUUGUUAUAGGUAACAUAUAGUUGAAUCUUGUUUUUUUAAAAUCCAUUCAGCCAGUCUAUGUAUUUUAAUUGGAGAAUUUAAAUUAUUUACAUUCAGGGUUUUUAUUGAUAGAUGAGGACUUAGUCCUGUGCUUUUAAUUGUUUUCUGAUUGUCUUGUAUAUAUUUUUUUCCUUUUUUAUUUAUUUUUAUUUUUUAUUUUGAGACAGAGUGUUGCUAUGUCUCCCAGGCUGGAGUGCAGUGGCAGGAUCUCGGCUCACUGCAACUUCUGCCUCCCAAGUUCAAGGAAUUCUCCUGCCUCAACCUCCCAAGUACCUGGGAUUACAGGUGCCCACCACCAAGCCCAGCUAAUUUUUGUAUUUUUAGUAGAGACGGGGUUUCACCUAUCUUCUUUUGUAUUGUUUACUUUACAAUUUGGUGGUUUUUUUAAUAGUCAUAAUGUUUGAUUUCUUUUUCUCAUUUGUGUUUCUGCUCUACUAGUGAGUUUUAAGCCUUUGUGUGUUUUCAUAAUGGUAGAUACCAUCCUCUCUAUUUGAAGAUCAGAUGAGAUUGGGCGCGUUCAGGGUGGUAUUAAUGUGGGAAUGAAGGAGGACUGGAGAGACCAUGGGGUGAGACAAGAGGAUUUUUAUUGAGUGCACUCAGACCCAGCUGAUUAACAUCCAAAAACUGGGCCUAGACAAAGACAGCACUUGACUUUUAUACACACUUCUAAAAGGGGGUGGGCUAGCUUGAAACAAGCUUACAGUGGUGUGAAGCAAAGACACAGAGGCAGAACAAAGGCAGCUAAUCAAACUUUGACAGGUUCAUGACCCAGGAUUACACGUGACCCUUGCUGUGCAGCUCAGAUGGCUGUUAUCUAGGCUUGCUCAAAAGAGCCUUGCAUGGGCUUAUCUCGUAAUGUUCGCUAUGGCACCUAGACUGCUGCAGCCCAGGCCUGCUCAGGCAUGUCUUACAACCUUCACUGUGCUGCUUAGAUACAACAGAGUACUUGAAGUUACUGGCUACAGAAAACAGGAAUCUGUAAACUCAUAAGUUUACUCAUAGGGGAAAGGAAAAUUUGUUUUCUUCUCCCUAUGUUGAGGGAGAGUCUCCAGAGCACAUUCCUUUGAGCCUUUGCUUAUUUGAUAAUGUUAUUGAGACUUUGCCUGGGUCCAGGCUUUGCCUGUUACUGCCUUUGGGAUGAGUCACCCUGAUAUAGAAAGCUUGUUUUACUCUUUUUAAUUUUAUUUUUCUUUCUUUAAUUUCCUGCCUCAGUAUGGCUGUCUUUCUCUUCCAGAUGUAGGAUUCCUUUAAGCAUUUCUUGUGGGGCUGAUCUAGUUGUGAUGAUUUUCCUGUUUUUUUUUUUUUUUUUUUUGAGAUGGAGUCUUACUCUGUCACCCAGGCUGGAAUGCAGUGGCACGACCUCUGCUCACUGCAAGCUCCGCCUCCCAGGUUCAUGCCAUUCUCCUGUCUCAGCCUCCCAAAUAGCUGGGACCACAGGUGCUCACCACCACACCUGGCUAAUUUUUUGUAUCUUUAGUAGAGAUGGGGUUUCACCAUGUUAGCCAGGAUGGUCUCGAUUUCCUGACCUUGUGAUCUGCCUGCCUCAGACCUCGUGAUCCACCCGCCUCAGCCUCCCAAAGUGCUGGGAUUACAGGUGUGAGCUGCUGUACCUGGCCAGUAUUUUUUUUUUUUUUAAACUAAAUUAGCAUUAAUGUUAAAAUUUAACUGACCAUGUAUAUAGCUGUGCAAUUGCUACUUUCUCACAGAACGGUCUAGGAUUCAUUCAACAGACCACAGAAAUGAGGUCUGGCAUUUAACGGACUAAUGAUAGAGGAAAUAAACUGAUUUAUACAAGAAUAUCAAAAUACUGUCAUGUGGUUUAGUGUAGCUCAAGUUAUGAAUUAGUGCCAACUCUUGCUGCAGUGUCUCUGACACAAUUUUAUCUUGGAACUUGGCAAUUUAAGUUGACUUUCUUCACUGAAAAGAGUUCUUUCAUGAUACUCUUCAUGAAUUGCUCAUGUAGCAGCUUAAUCUCUUUCAUUUGCUGUCUCCUAACAAUGCUAACUUAUUGCCACCUCUUUUGUUGCUCUUAAAAUAUUUUAAUUAGUUUUUCUUCCUCUCCUCAGUCUUCUACAUGUCUAUGUUGUAUUCUUGAAGCAGUCAGCGACUGCAUAGGAUAUUUAUAAUUCCGUUUCUGCCUUUUGUGUUCUAAAAAUAAUGUUCAGUUAUGUUCUCGGUGUUGAUGCAAGCUUUUGUAUACUUUUGAAGCCUUUUUCUUUUUGCAGCAAGCCCCUGUUUAAUGGCAGCUGCAAUUACUUGUAGCUUCUCUACAUCAACCCCCUUGUCUUCUUCAUCUGUUUCUGCAAAAGGUUUUCUUUCCCUGUGCUCAUCAGUUUCUGGAUCCUUUUCUCCAUGUUCCAUUUCCUGGGUGGCCAUGACCUGAGCCUCCAACUGGACCUUGGCAGCCCUCCUGUCGCUCCUCCUGCCUUGGGUGCAAUCGCUAGUUGUCCUGGGAUGCCUGAGGGACCCUUGAUGGUGCUUCCUCAUAGGACCUGUAUAAUGCCACACUAUGAGGCUCUUCUGAGGGCCUGGGGACCUCCUUCUCUCAGUUUUUACUUGUCUGGGAAAGACUUUAUUUGUCCUUCAAUUUUGAAGGAUAGCUUUACUUAGUUUAAUAUUCUUGGCUGGCAGUUUUUUUUUAUUUCAGCACUGUAAAAUAUAUUAUCCCAUUCUCUCCUGACCCGUUUUUUUUUUUUUUUUUUUAACAGGAAAUUCUCUUAUAAGUGACUUGAUGCUUUCCUUUUGCUCUUUUUAGAAUUCUGUCUUUGACUUUUGACAAUUUGAGUGUAAUGUGCCUUGCAGAAGACCUUUUUGGUUUGAAUCUUUUUUGGGAUUACUGAACAUCCUAUAUCUGGAUGUCCGUAUCUCUUGCAAGACUUAAGAAAUGUUUGACUAUUAUUUUGCUAAAUAGGUUUUCUGUGCCUCUUCCCUUCUCUUUCCUGAAACACUCAGAAUUUAAAUAUUUGUUUGGUCUGACUGGGUUAUUUCAAAAGACCAGUCUUCAAGUUCAGAAAAUCUUUGUUUUGCUUUAUCUAGUCUACUUUUGAAGCUCUCAGUUGCAUUUUUAAAUUUUAUUCAUUGAAAUUUUUCAGUUCCAGGAUUUGUUUGGUUAUUUUUCUUUUUUUUUUUUUUUUUUUUUUUGUUUGUUUGUUUGUUUGGUUAUUUUUCUAUAUCUAUCUAUACUGACUGUCUUAUUCAGAUCAUGAAUUAUUUUCCUAAUUUCUUUGUAUUAUCUGUGUUCUCUUGCAACUGGCUGAGUUUCCCUAAAAUCAUUAUUUUGAAUUCCUUUUCUGGCAUUUUUAUAGAUUUCCUUUUCUUUUGAAUCUGUUACUGGAGAAUUAUUGUGUCUCUUUGGAGGUAUCAAGUUUCCUUGCUUUUUCAUGUUUCUUGUGUCCUUACAUUGAUACCUAUUCAGCUAGUGGAAUAGUUGCUUCUUCCAAUUUUAUGGAUUGGUUUUCAUAAGGAAAGACUUUUUUGUAGGCAUAUCUGUAGUUUUGGUUGUGAUUAGGUUGUUUUGGCUUUGAUUCUGGUGAGCACAGGAGUAUAGGCUCAAUGAUUUCUUUAGCUGUAACCAAUGUCACUGGUGUCAUGUAACCAUGUCACUGUGAGUCCUCAGUGGCUUAAGUUGCCAUUGUUAGUUGAGGCUGUUGUGAGGCUUUUCUGGGGAAAGGGAUGCCAGAGGGGCCAGUCCCUGGGCCUUCUGGUGGCAUGGGCAGGCUUUAGCUGUGGUGGCAAUGGGCUGGGCAUGCUAGUCCUCAGGACCCCAGCUGGUGUAAGUGCUGGUAGUGGGGGGCCCAGGUGGGCUGGUCCUCGAGCCCCCAGGCAACAUUUAUGGUGCUGGCAGUGGCAGUAGCAGCAGUGGGCUGGACACUGGACUGUCAGGUGGCAAUCAUAGCUGUUGGCAGUAGCUGUGGCAGGAUGAAUGGGACAGUUUCUAGUCCCCUAGGUGAUGCACUUGGGUGGGCACUGGUGGGGCAGGCCUGUUCAGGCCUUGGGAUUGUGUGCAUAGGCACCAGUGGUGUUGGAUGGGGUGGGCCAGUCCUCAGGCCCCCCUACAGAGCAUAUAGGCACCAGUAGUGGCAUGAGGGAAAGAUGGCACCGGAGAACACUGGUGACAGUGGGUGGAGCAGGCCUGUCUUUAGGUUCUUGGAUAGCACAUAUGGACACACUGGUCCUCAAGCCCCCUGAAGGUGCACACAGGCAUGCUGUUGUCCUGCUGAGAGGGGCAAGGUUCUGUUGGUGGCAUUGGUGUUGGGAAGAUGGCUCCCAGGUUCCGGGAGCUUCAGCUCCCUUUUUCCUGGGGUAGCCUCCCUGGUGUGCUACACUGCCUGUUCCCUGGGAUAUAAGACACUUCAUGGGUCAGAGUACUGGGGACCUGGCUGCACUGCUGGGUGAUUGUGAUACUGCAACCUUUUGGAUGGAUGUGGGAGGAUGUUCUUGGGUGCCCAGGGAUGUGGACUGCAGGGGUUUAUUGGACCCCAAGGCAGGAUAUAAUCUGGUGGGGGCUAGGUUCUUAAAAUGGUGCUGUGCCACAGCAGCACGUUUCUUGGGAUGUGAGUAGGAUCCAGUGGAAUUCCCUUUCUGGAAGAAUGCAUUUUCAUGGAUUCCAGGCAGCUCUGUAUACUGGGCUCAGGGCCUGUGAAGGCUGACGGCAUCCCCUAUGGGUGCCAGCAUCUGUGCUGUGAAUGUGGACCACUGCAGUUCUUUGACUUUUCUUUUCCCAGAAAUGGGAUUCCCCUCCUGCCUCUGAGCCAGUCCAAGACACACUGGCUGCUUUAUUUACUGCUCCUUUUGUGCCUCAGAGGUUCCCUGUCACUUCCCUGUUGAAUAGUGUUCUGUCUUUGGUGCUCUACCUGACACGUGGUUACCUACUUGUUUUGGUCCUUUGUUGUGGAGGAGUUGAGUGCCAGGUUCACGGUUUUUUGAUUACCAUAGUUUUUUAGUAUUUUUUGAAAUUCAGAAGUGUGAGACUUCCAACUUUUUCUUUUUCAAGAUUAUUUUGGCUGUUGAGUCACUUAUGAUCCCAUAUGCAUUUUAGAUGGAUUUUUCUAUUUCUGGAAUUCUGCCAUUAGGAGUCUGAUAGAUACUGCAUUGAAUCUUUAGAGUGCUUUGGGUAGUAUUGACAUCUUACCACUAUUAAGUCUUCCAGUACAUGAACACAGGACUCACUGUGGUUUUGAUGUGUAUUUUCCUGAUGACUAAUGAUGUUGUACCUUUUCAUAUGCUUAUUGGCUAUUUGUAUAUCUUCCUGGGAGAAAUGUCUAUUCAGAUUUUUUGCCAAUUUUUUAAUUUGUCCAUUUAAAAAUCAGGGGUUUUUUUGUUGUUGAGUUGUAGGAGUUCUUUUUGUAUUCCUUAUACUAGUCCCUUAUCAGAUAUAUGAUUUGCAGAUAUUUUCUCCUGGGUGGGUUGUCUUCACUUUCUUGGUAAUGUCUUCUAAUACACAAAGUUUUAAAUUUUUAUGAAGUCAAAUGUAUCUACAUUUUUCUUUGGUUGCUCAUGCUUUUGGUGUUGCAUCUAAGAAUCCACUGCCAAAUCCAAGGUCGUGAAGAUUUACUCCUAUGUUUUCUUGUAAGAAUUUUAUAGUUUUUGCUAUUACAUUAAGGUCUUUGAGCCAUUAAGAUCUUUGACUUAAUUUUUGUAUAUGAUGUAAAGUCAUGUCAAACAUCAUUCUUUUGCAUUUGGCUGUCCAGGUAUCCCAGCAUUAUUUGUUGAAAUGCCUACACUUCUUUAUAUUCCCUUGACUCCUCUAACCAAGGCAGUUGGACCUUUGCCACUACCACUGCCCUGAAACUGCUGUCACUGAGUUACUAAGGACUAGGUAGCUUAGUUGAGUGGAUAAUCUUUUGUUGUUUCCUUCUUGUAAUAUACAAGCCUUGGCUUCUGUGACAUCAUACUCUCCUAGUUUUCCUCCUGUCACUGUGGCUUCUUCUCAGUCUCUGUCCAUCCCUGGUGCUCCUGAAGGUUCUGUUCUCAGCCUUACACACAUUACCUGGGUGAUCUCAUUCUCUGCCAUGACUUCACUUGCCAUAUAUGUGCCGAUUUUCCCCAAAUUCCUAUUUCUCCCGACCUUUACAUCUAUUUUAUUUGCAGGUCAUAUAUCUAAUAAGGAAUUGAUAUCCAGUGUACAUGUAGAACUCCUGUAAUUCAAUAUAAAAACCAAACAGUCCAAUUAAUAAAUGGAGAAGAGAUUUGAAUGAACAUUUUUCUAAAGAACAUCUCAAGCUGAAGAUUUCCCAGAUAACUUUUCUUUCUUCAAAAUCUGCUUCUGUGUUUCCUUAUCUGUAGGUGGCACAGCAUACAUCUGAUUUCCCAAGCCAGAAACCUCAGAGUCAUUCUUGACUCCAGGAAGAAAUAUUAUUGAGUUUUUAAAAACUCAGCUUAUUGACUCAUUGUUUUAUAUAAUAAAAUGCAACAGUUUUAAGUGUAUAUAUAUAUUUUUUUUUGAGAUGGAGUCUCACUGUGUCGCCCAGGCUAGAGUGCACUGGCCCGAUCUCGGCUCACUGCAAGCUCUGCCUCCCGGGUUCACGCCAUUCUCCUGCCUCAGCUUCCUGAGUAGCUGGGACUACAGGCGCCCACCACCACGCCCGGCUAAUUUUUUUGUAUUUUUAGUAGAGACGGGGUUUCACUGUGUUAGCCAGGAUGGUCUCGAUCUCCUGACCUCGUGAUCCGCCUGCCUCGGCCUCCCAAAGUGCUGGGAUUACAGGCAUGAGCCACGGUGCCCGGCCUUAAGUGUAUAUUUCAAUGAGUUUUAAUACAUUUAUGUACUUGCGUCACUAUCCUCAUAGAUAAAGAGACAAAACAUUUCUGUCACACCGGCAAUUUCCUAUGUGUCCCAUCCCAAUCCUUUCCCCUCUGCUGGCUCCAAGCAAUGACUCUUUCCUAUCUUUUUAGAAAGAUUAGAAUUUCUUUUCUAGAGUUCCAGUAAUGGAAUCAUACAGUGUCUAUUUGUGGUGCUAUAACAAAAUACCUGAGACUGGGUAAUUUGUAAAUUAGAGGAAUUUACUUCUCAUGGUUCUGGAUGCUGAAAAGUUUAUGAUCAAGGCACUAGCAGGUUUGGUGUCUGAGGGCCCAGUUUCUAAUUUGAAGAUGGUGCUUUGAACACUGUCCUCACAUGGUAGAAGGGGCAGAUGGGCAAAAAAAAAAAAAAAAAAAAAAAAAGUGGGGGCAAAUGCUGUGUGCAGCCCCUCUCAUAAAGGGCUUAAGCUCAUUCACCAGGGAAGAGCUCUCAUGACCUAAUCACCUCCAAAGACCCCACCUCUUAAUACUAUUGCAUUGCAGAUUAAGUUUCAACAUGAAUUUUGGAGGGACACAAAUAUUCAAACCAUAGAAUAUAGUAAUAUAGCGUAGUAUAUAUUUUUUGUGUCUCUCUGCUUUUGUUCAGUGUAAUGUUUUUGAGGUUCAUCUAUGUUGUUGCAUGUAUCAGUAGGUUAUAUCUAUUGGUGCAUAGUUAUUCCAUUGUAUGUAUGUACCACACUCUUCAUUUACCUGCUGAUGGAUAUUGCAUUGUUUCCAGUUUUGGGUUAUUAUGAAUAAAACUGCUGUUAACCUUAAAUAUAAGUCUUUGUGUAGACAUAUGUUUUCAUUUGUCUUGAGCAAAUGCCUGAUUGGUUAGAUGGCCAUAUGUCAGUAUAUGUUUAAUAUCAUAUACUUCCAACUGUUUACCAAAGUAGUUGUACCAUUUUAUUUUCCCACUACUGAUGUAUGAGUUCCAUUUGAUCCACAUCUUUGCCAACACUUGUUAUUUAUUUCAGCCCAUUAAAUUUUAGCUGUUUUAGUGGGUGUGAUUAGUGUCUCAAUGCAGGGUUUUUUUGUUUUUGUUGUUUUUUUUGAGGGCCUCUAUUGCACAGGCUUGAGUGCAGUGGCACAAUCAUAGCUCACUGCAGCCUCAAUUUCCUAGGCUCAAGUGAUCCUUCCACCUCAGCCUCCCAAGUAGCGGUUAGAAUCAAGGUUUCUUUCCAUGUGGAUAUCCAAUUGUUCCAGCAUUAUUUAUUGACAAGAUUAUCCUUUCCUUCAUUAAAUUCCUUUGGCAGCUUGGUGAAAAACCAAUGUGUGGGUUUAUUUCUAGGCUCUCUAUCCUGUCCCUUUUUGUUUUUUUUUUUGAGACGGAGUCUUGCUCUGUUGCCCAGGCUGGAGUGUAGUGGUGUGACCUCGGCUCACUGCAACCUCCGCCUCCCGGGUUCAAGUGAUGGGACAAUCUCGACUCACUGCAACCUCUGCCUCCUGAGUUCAAACGAUUCUCCUGCCUCAGCCUCUUGAGUAGCUGGGAUCACAGGCAUGCGCCACCACGCCCAGCUAAUUUUUGUAUUUUUAGUAGAGAUGGGGUUUUACCGUGUUGGUCUGGCUGGUCUCGAACUCCUGACCUUGUGAUCUGCCUGCCUUGGCCUCCCAAAGUGCUGGGAUUAGAGGCAUGAGCCACCGCGCCUGGCACCUAUCCUUUUUUAGUAAAUCUUAACAUCAGGUAGUUGUAAGACCUGCAACUUUGUUAUUUUUCACAAUUGUUUUGGCCAUUUUAGAUCCUUUGCAUUUCCACAUACAUUUUUAGAAUCAACUUGUCAAUUUUAACAACAACAACAACAAAACUCCUGGAAUUUUGACUGGGAUUGUAUUGAACUUAUAGAUCAGUUUGGGGAGAACUGGCAUCUUAACAGUAAUGAUUCUUCCAAUCUAUGAACACAGUAUAUCUCUCCAACUUUUUAGGUCUUCUUUAAUUUUGUUAAAUUUUUUGUAGUUUUCAGUGUUCUGGUCUUGUACCUGUUUUGUUAAAUUUAACAAAUUCCCACUUUAGGAGGCUGAGGCAGGCAGAUCACGAGGUCAGGAGUUCGAGACUAGGCUGGCCAAAAUAGCGAAACCCAAUCUCUACUAAAAAUACAAAAAAAUUAGCCGAGCAUAGUGGCGCACAUCUGUAGUCCCAGGUACUCGGGAGUCUGAGGCAGGAGAAUCGUUUGAACUCAGGAGGCGGAGGUUGCAGUGAGUCGAGAUUGUCCCAUCGCACUCCAACCUGGGCGACAAGAGCAAAACUCUGUCUCAAAAAAAAAAUUCCAUUGUAAAAGAAAAAAAAUUCAAUUGUAAAUUCCAGUUUUUUCAGUGUCAACAUCCAGUUGUUAAUAUCCAGAAAAUAAAAAUACAAUUGAUUUUUGUAUACUGACUUUGAAUUCUGUGACCUUGCCAAACUCAUGAGUUCUAGUAGCUUUUUGAUGGGUAGAUAAUCCUUAAGAUAUUCCACAUGUACAAUCAGGCUAUCUUUGAAUGGAGCCAGUUUGUUUGCUUUUUAUUUCUUUGCCUUAUUGUGUAUCCUUGCCUUGUUCUUGAUCCACAGGGGGAAGCAUUCGGUCUUUGCAAGUGUCAGGUUAGGUUUUUUGGAGAUGCCUUUAUCAUACUAAGGAAGUUCCCUCUUUUUCUAGUUGCUGAGAGUUGAACAGGUGUUGAAUCUGUUGAUCACAUGGGGCCAUAUGACUUGCUCUGGCCAGAGAAACAUGAAGGAAGUCAUAGACAUCUCUUCUAGGUAGGCGCUUGAAGAGCCAGUGUAGCAUUUGCUACAUUGUCCUCCCACUGCCGCUUCUGCUAUGAUGAAGCGUUGGGCAUCAGUGUGAACAAGAAAGGGAUUGUUGUUAGGGUAAGCCAUGAGGUUUUGGAGCUGUUAAUGUAUUACAGUCUAAUGAGAAGGUUCUUGCCCACAGGACAAACUCCUUGCCUUCAUAGAGGUUACAUUCUAGUGCAAGUGGGGCAGACAAAUACAUGUAAUGUCAGGUAGAGAUUAGUGUAAUGAAGAAAAGCAGGAUCCAGGCUCCAGCACCUUUUAGCUUUAGAAUAGGGUUUUUAUGGAAGGCCUCCUUAAAUGAGGCAGCAGUUGGCCUGAGAGCUGAAUGAAGUGAGGGAGGAGCCAUGACAUGUCUGGGUAAGGAAGGGUCUUCUAGGUACAGGAACAGCUAUGCACAGCCCUAAGACAGGAACUCCAGACUCUCCUGGACAUGGAGGGUGUGACAAAGCUGUCCUCCAAGCGAAAAGAGAAGGGCACAUUCACCCAGUGACUUCUGUGCUUUAAGCCAGGGCUGGGCUAGAGAGGGCCGUUGCUGUGUGUUAGGCAGAAGAUGACUAGUUGGCCAUGGCCUGGCCAGACCGCUCCAAUGCCAGCGUCCUUCAGCUCCUGGGAUUUCGAGCGAUGGGGCAGGGGGCAAAGAGGAAAGAGGGAGUACCUGAAUGUCCUGACAUUCUGGCAUAGGGGCUUUCUUUGAGAAAAAUCAUUUGACUGAAUUUGAGUUUAUGAGAUAGCUCAUGACCAUUACUUUCCUGAGUUAUUCUCCACCUUCAAACUCACCAACAGCUUCUGCUGUACUUAGGAAGAAGCCUGUACUCAACUCUGCUAUCUAGUUCACCUCCUGUCUCCCUUCUCCCCUUAGAGAACCCUGCUCCAGUCGCCCCAGGUUUCUUUCAGUUCCUUCACAAAGUGACACUUUUUCUGCGCUGUUGGAAAGGCUGUUCCUUCUGAGACCACUCUUACUGCUUUCUCCUGGCUGACAUCUCUCAGGGCUCAACUUAAAUGACAGUCCUCCUGGAAGCCUUCCCAGACAAGCCUGGGUGCUUCUGUCAAAUGCCACCUUAGCAUUUUGUCCUUCUCCUAAUAGCACUAAUCACACUGUCUUGUAGCUUUAAAAAAUUAUCAAAUAAUUCAGACACCCAAAGAAGUAAAAAAAUAAUACAGAAUGCACCGUAUCACCCAACUUAAGCAAUGAAACACUGCCAGUGAAGCCCUUAAGGUUCUCCUCCCUUCCUGCUCUCAACUCUUACCGGAAUUUAAUGUUUAUCUUUCUGAGAGCCAGGUGGGAAGGGGUCCCCAGAGAGACUCCUACUGGCCUGCACACUGGUGAGCUUUGCAUGUCUGUGUUGGUUUGUAGGUAACUUCACUGCAGGCCUCCAUCUUGUUUUACAAUCUGGGGGCAUGGCCUGUAACUCCCUGGUAAGGCUUUGUUUAGCAAUCCUGCCUUAGAUAAUGAGUUCCUUUCUAGUUUGAUAGCUGCAUGUUUUCCUAGAUCUGUCUCUUAAAGGAUCCCACCCAGUGACUGAGGUUUCUUCUGCCUGUCUGUGUAACUAUAUAUAUAUGUUGUGUAUGAUGUCUGUAAAAAGAGCUCUAAUUAAUCUGGCCUAAAGAAAGACAAGCGCUUAGAUCAAAUUUUUUUUAAAGAGAAGAUAAAAGCUGUGGUACCUUUCAGUUUAUGUGACUUUAAUCUUUGAGAAAUAACAGCUUUAAAGAUUAUUGGUAAAAAGCAGAUGCUAUCAAAAUGUAAAUAGGCGGACUAAAUUAUGCAGGCCAGAUGCAAGGUUUGCUAAGUGUUUUAAGGUUAUAAACUGCUUUUUGGGUUUUGAGAACUAUUUGACUUGCUGGCUUCACAAUUAUUAAGGCCUGGGAACAUAUGGAACUAACCACAUCCUUAAUUAUGCUAGGAGUCAAACCUUGGCUGAAUCUAGCACACAAAACAACUUACCGUUUUACAUUAAAAUUAAAAAAUUGCUAGGAGUUACUGUUCUAACAUGUAAUUGAGACUACUGGAAAUAGAUUUAUAUGCGAGGUGUGUAAGAACAGUAAAUUUUUUUUUUUGAAACAGAGUCUUGCUCUGUUGCCCAGGUUGGAGUGCAGUGGCGCGAUCAGGGCUCACUGAAUCCUCCACCUCCUGGGUUCAAGCUAUUCUCCUGCCUGAGCCUCCCAAGUAGCUGGAAUUACAGGCAUGCGCCACCAUGCCCGGCUAAUUUUUGUAUUUUUAGUAGAGAUGGGAUUUCACCAUGUUGGCCAGGCUGGUCCCUAACUCUUGACCUCAUGAUCCACCUGCCUCAGCCUCCCAAAGUGCUUGGGAUUACAGGCGUAAGCCACCACGCCCAGCCAAAUGUGUUUUUUUGUAAAAGGUUAUAAGAAGGCAUGGAAAUGUAAAUUUUUGCCUAGGGUUAAAGGAUUGUUUUAAAUUAGGAUGAAGUUGCACGUUCAAACAAGUGGUGGAAGCAUUGUGGAAAUUAAUCUUGCAAAGGGGUUCUCUAUGUGAACAUACUGACUAAAUUUCAAAGGGUAUCAUGAUUUUUCUGUAAAUUGAGCAUUGAAAUAAAAGCACAACAAGGUAUUAAGGCA